AUUAGAUAGAAAUGUAAGGGUAUUUUAGGAUAAAAUGUAUGUCAAAAAUAGAAUAGAAUUUAAAUGGAUACAACAAUAUGAAACGCUUAAAAUGGAAACGGAUACAACAAAAAGAAACGGAGGGAGUAUUAUAUUUCUAUUGACGGUAGCUUACUGAGUUACAACUUCGCAAGUUAGUAUUCAUACAUUAUUGUCAAAUUAUUUGCUUGCUUUGUUAUGUAGAAUUUUUUUAUUGUAUUCAUGAUAAUUUUUUUUGUUUUUGUAGUGGCUAUAUUGGGUAGCUUUGAUCCCAAUCUGUCUCAUGAUCUUGCUUGGAUUUGUUGACGAUGUACGGGAAGUUCGAUGGAGAGUGUAAGUAUCAAUAUAUCUACUCCAGUACUUGACGCUGCCACAGCCCCGACCCGAAGGAAGAACAACUCAGAGGAGAUCAACACCGAAUCGUCGUCAUCGAAUAGCCCGUGAAAGAGGAACGAACCAGUGGACGUCAUCACCAAACCAACGGUCGUCAUCGAAUCGGUCCGAACACCAACCCAACGGUCGUCAUCGAAUAGUUCGUGAGUCCGACAAGCAGCCCGUGAAAGAGGAACGAACCAGUGGACGUCAUCACCAAACCAACGGUCGUCAUCGAAUCGUUCGUGAAUCCGACAAGCAGCCCGUGGAGGAGCUGUUCAUCCGCGAUUGGUCCUGCUCGUGGAGUCCCAAGCCGCCUAGCACCACUGUCAGAGGGUCGAACUUCCGUGUUGAGGCGAGAUCCGACUCUUGCUCUUCAAGCAGACGAUUAUCUUCCGAGACUUAAAGUCUUGUUGGUAUAAAAGCCACCAUGGUUCAUUUCAAGUAUCAUGAUACUCCUGGAGAAAAGACUUUGUCACUCAUGGAAGAUGCUAAUUCGGUCGAUGGAGCGCACUUUCGUUCAUUUCCUCCUGUGAUUGGUCCUUUUGCAAACAUCAAUUCUUCUACGGAGUUCUCGGGCCCGAAAAGCUGGUACAAGGAGAGUCGUGAUGUUAAUGCAUUUGGUGGAAAAACACCUAAACCUGUCCUUGUCGCUUCACAUCACCGUCCCUGAGUUGAGGCGUGUUCUUUCCAGACAUUAUCUACGCGUUUGUCCCGCAAGGAGACCAAAUGGAGUUCUAGUCCGAAAUUUGGAGUCGAGCCAACAUACAUCCCUCUUUAUUGGGAAUGGUUAGGAGAUGUCCUGCACCAUUCCAGACGCACACUUGCUAGCACCCAUAUUCUUGAUGCCGUCUGUGCUUCUAUGUACAUCUACAAGUGUAAUUCUCCUGUCAUGCAGGCCUUUUGCGAAUCCUGGUGUCCUACGACAAAUACCUUGCACACUUAAGUUGGAGAAAUGUCAAUCAGGCUUUGGGACAUAUACGACCUUGGUGGGCUUCCCGUAACUGGCCUUUUUUAUGACGAGGUCGUCCCUUCUGCAGUUGAAUUGGAAGGCUCCGACGAUGAGCACAGUCUAUACCUCCCUUACAGUUGCAAAUAUUUGUUCACGGCUUUGCGUUAUCUUUCUAAAAAACACAAGGUGACAACUAUAACGUUCGAGACAUGGUGUGAUUUUUGGUUUCGCGGUGCAUCAAAGUAUUUCUUGGCAUCUGGCAACAAAAAGUCUGUCCUUCCAACACUUAUGAAAGACUUCAGCUCCUUUAAUGGUCCUCGAUCGUGGAGUCAUAAGAUGUACGAAGCCUUUCGCAUUCUACGGAUUCUUGAAGCGCAUCAUCGACAAACAUAUUUGGCUGCCUUUCUUUCGUGUUGGCUUUGUGCCUUUGUUUUGCCGGUGUCAGAUUUUGGUUGCAUCCGUCCUGGAUCUUUCAAACCUGCGUCAUUUCUUGCAAGUGGAAAAGAGACUUCUUUGGCGAUCCCUGUAUUGGCGAGCAUCUACCACGAAUUGAGCAAAAUUUCGAAUUCUCCUACCCCAGGCAAACAUCGCGAGUCCUUCCCUGCACAAUAUGUGUAUGUCUGGACCGCUAAGUAUUUUCGGAGUCAUCACAUCGUCACCUACGAUUUUGUUGGUGCUCCCCUGGUUGGAAUUCAAGGCCUUGACUCUGUCAUAAAGUCUCCAGAUGCUAAAUCGCUAGUUUCUUUGGGUAAGGAUAUCAAUUGGCUUGCUAACUCAAUUUGUGGUAAUUCAUAUGAGAAGCAUGAAGAUGACAACCGUCAACCAAAGCAAUUCACAAACUUCUUCAUUAGCAUGCGGUCCUGUUUUCUGACCUUGAGGUUCGACAACAACUACGUGGUUGAGCCAUACAGUCAUCAUCGAUUCGGUCGGCAAUUCGGAUUUCACCAAGAUGUGCCAGGCGAAUUAGUAGUCUAGACACAAAACAUCACCCGAGAGCAUAUGUACUAUCUUUUUCAGUCCAGCAUUCGUCUGCAUACUAGGGCUACUUUUUUGGUCCCUUGCCGCACGUUUAAUGCCCAAUCUCGAGUCACUCCAAGCUUCACAACUUGGUGGAAUUCGGUCGUUUCUUUAAAUGCGGCAUAUGCUUCAAGGACUCCUAGUCCAACAAGUGUCAGGUCUAAGAAGAGAAAGGAGAGAAAGGGCGAUGAUCCUAACACUUCACCAAAAGACAAAGCUUCCAAGACUUCGGCUGCACCUCACAAAGUUAGAGUCAGAUUGCCUAAAAGUUCCACGAUAUCCUGUUCGCCCAAGGAAACAUCUUCGAAAAGCAGGGACGAGAGUAGAAGGCUAGCAAGCAGAGUUGUAAGUAAUGAACCUUCCAAUGACGAAAAUGAACCUUCCAAUGACGAACACGCAGGUGAACCCACAAUUCUGGAUGAUAUUUUCGAUGAAGAUUAUGGCCCUGAGCUAUCGCCUGAAGAGAUAGAGAAUUUUCAAAGCGACGCGAACAUAGCAGUAGAGCUUACUGCUUGCGAGAAUACAUUUGUCUCCCUUCCUGAACAACAGUUCAUUGAUGAUGUUUUCAUUGAUACUGCGCCAACCACAAGUGUUCCUACUGCUUCGACCGAGUCUCCUUCUUUUAAUGCUCAAGACAUGAUCAAUAAGGCGACCAACAGGGCGGACCGAUAUGCUGCAAGCUUGAUGAUUAAUGAAAUAAAGGACAAGUUGAUGAAGACUCCUUUAGCCAAGGUUCAUGAACUAGCGCAGGAGUUUGAACAUGUUUUAUCCUAUGUUCGUGAGAAGAAGAUCGACAUCUCUGCAAUCAAAGCUUUUAUCAAAGGGUAUAUUGGAUGCGGUUCUCAACUCCACCACGUUCGGCUAGGGAAACAGGGAGAUCCCACUCUCAAUGACUUGGAGCAACGAUCUUUGGAGAUAGAGACGAGCGUGCAGACAACUACGAUUGCAGGGAAAGCAGAAGAGGAGCGAAUGCAAGCUCUUCAUAAGGAGAUAGAUCAGAUUCAGCAAGAACAUGCCGAACAUAAAAGGAAGCUCAAUGAUUUAGCAGAACGAGAGGAUAGACUUUUGCCUCUUAUUUCAGAAUCAGAAGAGAAGUUCCAAGGGUACGUCAUACAGAAGAAAGAGCAAGAAAACCCACUCCUCAUCAUGAAGGAGAACAUUGCUGCUGCGAAAGAGGUGGAGGCAAAGCUAGCGGAAGCUGAGAAACAAUUUGGUGUUGCUCGUGAUGCUUUGCAAGCCUUCAAAUUUGAGCCGUAGUUCCGCCUUUCUUGUCACCAUUGUUGCACUUGUUUUCCUUUCAUUCUUUUUUAGAGACCAAUUUGUUUUAAGAAUUCCAAAAUGAAAUGAAUAAGACUCGUCAU